CUCGACGUCAAAAAUGGAGUCCAAGCUGAAAGCCCUCAAAGUUGUAGACCUCAAAGAGAUCCUCUCGUCAGCACAAGUCACCGUCACGGGCAAGGCUAACAAAUCAGACCUCGUUGCCAAGAUUCUCGCGUCGCCAGAGGCCGUAAAGGUGUAUGAGCAACAAUAUGGUUCUCCGGAGAACAACGACGCGUCGGCAUUUGCUGCCUCUCACGGCACGAUCCCAACAAGUGGUGUAAGCGACUCUCAGCCAGUAGAAUCUCAGCGAAAGUCUGCUCAGUACAUUGAGACCACCACACCUGAGGUGGCCAAGCCUGCAGCGUCAAGUUCAACUGUCGCACCGAAAUCUUCAGCAAAGCCAGUGUCGAGCGUAGCACCUGCUGCGGCGCAGCCUUCUGACACAGUGGCCAUCGUUACGCCUGAAGACCCAGAGCUCGAAAAGCGCAAGGCACGUGCCGCCCGGUUCGGUAUUCCACUAGUUGAGCCUGCCCAGUCGAAAGCCAGUAAGGCUGUUGAACAAACGAAAGAUGCGAAGAGGACUGAGGACGUACCCAUAGGUGACUCUGCCAAACUGGAGGCGCGCGCGAAACGGUUUGGGCUGUCCCAAGCUGUUACUUCCACGGGCAAGCCUGAACUGGCGAAAGACAACAUCAAUCGCAGCAGAGGCAAUAAGCGUUCUGCGCCUGCCGAGACAGUCGACUCAGAAGAGCAAGAGAAGCGGAAGAAGAGAGCCGAGCGUUUCGGCUUUCCUGUGACUUCGGUCAAUGCAUAGACGUGCCCGCGACCGCCAUUUUUGUCCCCGAUUGUCUUUCUCCUCUUGCUUGCUGAGCUGGUUAUCUGGGAUCGCAUCCCAUUCCGUUGGAGCCGAGCUCUGCAUAUGUUUCUACAUUCUUGAGGCGUCUAUAAAUCUUCAGCUUGACACAGCUGUCGUUCACCAGGACGGACACCCGUACUCAGACACCUUAGAGCGGGCAUGCUGCACGAUAUGCGGCGAUGCAGCAGCUAUUGCCUAUCGCAUCUCCUGAUGUGUAUACUACUUUCUGGAUUGUAUUAAUCCCGGACAUGGCCGUGUAUCAGGGUACGCUUAUCCUCGGUCCAAGCCU